AUGCAUCCUGACAGCAUUUCCAGUGCUGCCGGUCAAGCCAAUGUUGCCACCACGCCAGCACGCCAAGCAAGUCACGCGGCAAGCCAGGCCACACGCAGCAGCAGCAUCCUCCAUCUGAAUCUGUUUGGUGACGGCUUCGCCAGCCCCAUCAGCUCUCCGUUGAGGGCCCUGAUGGACUCCGCCGUGCAGGCCAGCGUCGUUGCAACAACGCCCACCCGCUCUUCGCCCGACCAGGGACCUCCGCUUGAUGUACCCCUGGACGACAGUUUCGAGCUGUUUGUCGACCUUGCACCGAUCACCGGCAGCGAUGUCGAUGAUGGUGGCGAUGAUGGUGACAGCACCCAGCACCGCGCAGCCCCACCUCUCCAGCAUCAGCAGCACGGCCACGACAGCCAGCAGAUGCAGCAGCAGGAGUCGCAGAUGCUGGAAGUACCGCUGAUCGAUAUGACCCAGCACCAACGCCCUAACCACCACCCACACCAAGAGGCGCAGCAGGCUCAGCAGGUGCAGGUGCAACAGGCGCAGCACGUGCAACAGCUACUCGGCCACAGCGGCAACGGCCAACACCAGCAGGCGAACCAUGUACACGUCCACCACCACCACGUCCACCACGUCCAUGUGCAGCAGGACUCGGUUCAACACCACCAACACCACUACCAACAACAACAACAACAACAACACCAGCAGUAUGUCUUCCAGCAGGGCCAAGAGCGUCUUCUUCAUGAAGACGGGCGCCCAGCUCGCAAGCGCGCGCACCUCAGUCUCUCGUUUGCACAGCAGGUGUAUCUUGCACAGCAGCACCAGCAGCAACGGCAGCAGCAGCAGCAGCAAUGGCAGCAGCACCAGCACCAGCACCAGCACCAGCAACAGGUGGCUGUUACUGCACCCCAGGCCCCUCCUUUCCAAGCAGUCCAGCCGAUGUUGGCACAGGCAGCGACGCAGGCUGGGCAGCAUGGGCAACGCGACCAGCCGUCCUUGCCACAGCAAGCAUCUCUCGAACAGCAGCAGAAACGGAAACGGCGGCUCGCAAAGAAGAAAGACACGGAACAGACUCGUCGUGACGCCAUCAAAGCUCAUGUCGAUGAACUCCGCCGUGCCGUGCUGCCAGAGAAUGCCUCGGCCAUCCUGCGCCGGAGUUACCGGGCGGUGGUCAUGACAUGUGCUGUCUACGCCUUCACCAAGGCUGACCCAGGGUUCUUUGAGCUCGCAAACAUGCACCGCCAGCGCGUGCGCAAGGAGCAACUGACGGCCGCCUUUGUGCGCCAGCGCAGGCUGCAAACGCUGACAGGGGAUAACAAGCGAACCGAGUAUGAAGGGAUUGUCUACGAGCGGCUGGCCGCCCUUGUCAGCCCUGAAGAGAAUGAGCACGCGAGGAUUUUGCGAGCUGCACGUGACAGGAUCACAAGUGAUGGGUGCCGACUCACUGAACAGGAGCUGAUUGAGGUCGCAGACCUCUUUACCCGCCACAAGGAGUACACCACGGCUUACGAGGCACCCAAGCAGGAGUACACCACCAAGCCCGCCUACCCACGCUACACCCAGCACCAGGAGUACACCACACGCCCCGUGUACACCACCAAGCCACUUGUGUGCACCACCAAGCCACCCGUGUACACGACCAAGCACCAGGAGUACACGACGGCCUACGAGGCGCCCAAGAACGAGUACACGACGAAGAACGACUACGCCUACGCCGACAACAACUCUGGCGCCUCUGGUGCUGGGGAUGCCGCUGCAGGUCUCUCUGCGGGCGCCAUUGCCGGCAUUGUGGUUGGCGCGCUGCUGCUUGUCAGCGCCGUUGUUGGUGGCGUUUUCUUCGCCAAGCACCGCGCCAACGCCUCUUCCUCCUCCUCCUCCGCCGUCGAGUCCGUCUAA